AUGUCCCAAAACAGCAACAUGGCUGUGAAGUCUGACUCCGAAGACGACUUCGUUGUCAUCGAAGACAACCACACUAUCACCCUCAAUCAGCUCAAGAAGGAGCAUCAGCAAGUCAUUAAGGACUUGAACGAUAAGCACAUCGGCGAGCUAGCUAUACUCCGAGAUAGCUGCCACAAGCGUUCUCAGAAUGCCAUCACGCUAGCCAGUGCCUCCAUCGAGCGCAACAAGGCCUCCGCCGAGCGUCGUAAGGAAAGCUAUGAGAGGGAGAUUGAGGAUCUCCAGGAUGAAAUUACUGCCGAGAAAGCCAAGGUGGCACACCUUCUGGCCCUGGUUCCACCUCACCUUAGAGGCAGAGUACCUGGCUCAUAUAGAUAG